GAGACGCUGCAGCGCAGUUACCCGAAAGCAGAAGUCCGGGCAUGGGGCCAGCCAUGGGGCUGCUGCUCUGUAGCCUCCUGCUGUUGGCUCCAGGGGGUCUGCGGCUCUCCUCCGGCCAGGUGCAGCUGGAGGGCUUGGUGGGUGAGUCUGUGUAUUUCCCUGCCCUGAGCCCCGUGGCCAGAGACAUCGUCCGUGUCCUGUGGUUUUCAGAAAGGCAGGGCACUCACAUCGCAGAGGCCAAACCCCAGGGCCAGGCAUUCAACGUCAAUUUCUUACCCAACUUCAGCAACCGGCUGGCGAUCCACGCCGGGAACCUCUCCCUGGAGAUCCGCCAUCUGCGGCUGGAAGACCAGGGGCCGUACCGCGCCGUUGUGGAUAUUGCCUCAGACCCUACCAAGCCCAGGGCCUUCUCCUAUGAGCUGUCAGUGCGAGAACGUGGGCAAGAGGGAGACAGGGGCAAAGGAGGAACCACGGACCCGCCAGGAGGCGGAGAACGGAGGACAUCGACGGGCCCCCCAGCAGAAGGAGCGCCCGUGACCACAGGCAGGAGGACAACGCUGGCAGGAGGGGAUGGGGGAGGGCAGGAGGGCGGUGAGAGCCAGGGAUCGUGCCACUGCACGCUGAAGGGUUAUGUCAUCGCGGCCGUCUAUGUGCCCCUCUGUGCUGUGGUGGCUAUCGUCCACGUGAAGACGAGGGGCUGACGGAAAAGCCGGGGUCCCUGGGUGACAGAAGAGACAGGGCAGCUGCUGGGGCAGGAAGGGCAGCCACCUGUCUGGGGCUAUCGCCUCUUUGUUCAUUCUCUGUAAAUACCCUCUCCAGUACCCCCCAGAAACUCCCUCCCAGUACACACACAUCCCUCUAGCACCCCCUAAAUACCCCCUCCAGUACCCCCCAGGUAUCGCCUCCAGCAUCCCCAGAAACCCCCUCCCAGUACACACACCCCUCCAGCACUCCUAAAUACCCCCUCCAGUACCCCUCCAGCUACCACCUCCAGCACCCCCAAAAUACCCCCUCUAGUACCCCUCAGGUACCACCUCCAGCACCCCCAAGAUACUCCCUCCCAGUACACACACACCCCUCUAGCACCCCCUAAAUACUCCCUCCAGUAUCCCCCCAGGUAUUUCCUCCAGUUCCCCCCACAUACCACCUCCAGCACCCCCAAGGUACCCCCUCCCUGUACACAUACCCCUCCAGCACCCCUAAAUACCACCUCAAGUACCCCCCAGGUACUGCCUCCAGUACCCCCCAGGUACCACCUCCAGCACCCUCAAGAUACCCCCUCCCAGUACACACACCUCUCCAGCACCCCUAAAUGCCACCUCCAAUACCCCCCAGGUACCGCCUCCAGCAUCCCCAGAAACCCCCUCCCACUACACACACCCUUCUAGCACCCCCUAAAUACCCCCUCCAGUACCCCCCCAAGUACCUCCUCCAGUACCUCCCAGAAACCCCCUCCUAGUACACAAACAACCUCUAGCACCCCCUAAAUACCCCCUCCAGUACCGCUCAGGUACCGUCUCCAGCAUCCCCAGAAACCCCCUCCCAGGACACACACAACCCUCUAGCAUCCCCUAAAUACCCCCUCCAGUACCCCCAGGUACCUCCUCCAGUUCCUCCCAGAUACAGCCUCCAGGUACCCCCUCCCAGUACACACACCCCUCCAGCACCUCCUAAAUAUCCCCUCAAAUACUACCUCCAGCACCUUUCCAGGUACCCGCUCAAGCACCCCCCAGGUACCUCCUCCCAGUACACACACACCCCUCCAGCACCCCCGAACUGUACCCUCCCCUCCAGCUCCCUCUCGCCUGCCCCCAGGAGUGCCCUCUGUUGGGAACCUGGCAGCCGCUAACCCUAGGGGCAAGGGGCUUGUUCAGAGAGCCCUGGGCCACUGUACUGGUGUUUGUACUGCAACAGCUCUAGCUCAUCGUGCCGGAUGCUGCACAGACACAUCGUGGAGAUGGUCCCUGCCCUGAAGCGUCCUCUGCCUGAAUAGACAAAGGGUCAUUAUUGCCAUGUCCGGGCUCCAUAGACAAAGGGCAGGAGGGGAAAUUGAGGCACGGGGAGGGGAUGGUCACCCAGCCGAUCACUGGCAGCGCCAGGAGUAGAAGUCAGGAGAGUGUUCUGGCCACUGGAGGCGCUCACUCGGUCCUGUAGUCUAUAGCUACCUCCCAUGAAGCCCAACAGGACUACUCCUUAUACACUUCUGGUCCAAGUCCACCCCUAUCUAAAAUGAUGGGGUCUAAGUUAGCUGUUACCACUCACAAAAGAGAUCGUGGAGUCAGUGUGGAUAGUUCUCUGAAAACAUCCACCCAAGGUGCAGUGGCAGUCAAAAAAGCAAACAGAAUGCUGGGAAUAAUUAAGAAAGGGAUAGAUAAUAAGACAGAAAAUCAAUUCAGUUCAAUUCCCUUUCAUUCCCAGGGAAGCAGUGAGAUCUGUAGGCCAGAGCGGGGGAGGAGGGGAGAGAUUUGAAAGUCCUGGAGUUUGCAUAAGCAGCUCCAUGUUCACCCCUGAGCGAGUCACCUCCCCAAUUUUCUGUGCCUCAGUUUCCCCUGCUGUCCAAUGGAUGCUAUGAUGUGUUUACCUGCCCUCCCAAGGGUGCUGAGCAGCUGGGCCAAUGAGCAUCCAUCAAGCACUGCAUGCUCAUCACAAUAAAAGCCCAGAAAAAGCACCAA